AUGGAUAUGCAUCCACCACCCAAAAUGCUUGCCUCUCUCACCAUCACCAUACUGAUUAUGGUCAUGGCCACGUCCGUCGCACUUGCGUCGUCGGAUGCAGUGGUGCUCGAAGGACAAGCAAGAGCACUCCUCGUCUGGAAAGAUAUCUUCUACAACCAAAGCCAGCAGGCCCUGCACUCCUGGGGAAACACGUCGACGCCUUGCAACUGGCGCGGCAUCAGUUGCGAUCCUGGUGUGCAUCGACACCAGCAUUGGCCGGUGAUCAGCGGCAUCUCUCUGCAGGGUAUGCGGCUAAGAGGGGCUCUGGAGUCUCUCAACUUCUCGGCCUUGAGGACCUUGACACACCUUGACCUCUCACAUAACCUCCUUGCUGGGAGCAUUCCUCCUAGUAUCGAGGUCCUUGACGAGCUCCAUGCUCUCCUUCUGCAAGGCAAUCAGAUAAGAGGCUCAAUCCCACUAGGUCUAGGAAAUCUCACAAAAUUGCAUUCCUUAAUGCUUCACGAAAAUGAAUUUUCCGGUGAAAUACCAAGCCAAAUAGGCAACAUGAGUAGUCUUCUCACCCUCAACUUGUCAUGCAAUCACUUGGUUGGUCAUAUCCCUUGUGAAAUAGGACACAUGAAGCACUUAGUUGCAUUAGAUUUGUCCAGUAAUAAUCUUUUCGGUAAAAUACCAAGCAGCAUAGGUGGUUUGACCGAACUCACUAGCUUGUAUCUUUACAGUAACAAACUUUCUGGACAAAUUCCACGAGAACUAGGUUAUCUUCUAAACUUAAAGGACCUACAACUUUGCAUCAACGCACUCUCAGGUUCCGUCCCACGAAAUUUACAUAAUUUGACCAAGCUUAUUGUGUUAAUACUACGGGGAAACAAACUUUUUGGGUUAAUUCCACAAAAAAUAGACUACCUUUCAAAUUUACAGUACCCGAGUCUUAGUGAAAACAUACUCUCGGGUUCCAUCCCAAAUAGUAUAAGAAAUUUGACUAAACUCACAACCUUGUCCCUUCACAACAACCAACUUUCUGGGUUAAUUCCACAAGAAUUAGAUUACCUUGCGAACUUAGAAUACCUAGAUCUUAGUGAAAACAUAUUCUCGGGUUCCAUCCCAAAUAGCGUAGGAAAUUUGACCAAACUCACAAUUAUGGACCUUGAUGGCAACCAACUUUCUGGGCACAUCCCUCGAGAACUACGUUACCUUGAGAACUUAGAACAAGUGACACUUAGAGACGACACACUCUCAGGUUCCAUCCCACGGAAUUUACAUAAUUUGACCAAGCUUACUUUGUUAAUACUAACGGGAAACAAUCUUUCUGGGUUAAUUCCACAAAAAAUAGAUUACCUUUCAAACUUACAGUACCUGGGUCUUAGUGAAAACAUACUCUCGGGUUCCAUCCCAAAUAGCGUAGGAAAUUUGACCAAACUCACAAUUAUGGACCUUGGCAGCAACCAACUUUCUGGGCACAUCCCUCGAAAACUACGUUACCUUGAGAACUUAGAACAAGUGGCACUUAGCGACAACACACUAACAGGUUCCAUCCCAAAUAGCAUAGAAAAUUUGACCAAACUCACAACCUUGUACCUUGGCGGCAACCAACUUUCUGGGCACAUCCCUCGAGAACUAGGUUACCUUAAGAACUUAAGAGUACUUGUCUCUUACCAACAACACACUAAUUGGUUCCAUCCCUCGAGAACUAGGUUACCUUGA